AUGAUGGCUUCGACUGUAUUGGCCGUCGUGUCAUCAUCCACAUCAGAAAGCGGGAGCACAUUGAACCAUCUUCGUCGUCGAUCAUCGGAUGAUGAGGAUAAUGAUGAUGGUGAUGAUGAUGACAAGGUAUCAUCAGCAUCAUCAACGUAUUCAAAUCGUCUUGUGUCCAAGUAUGCCAAUUUGACCUAUAUCCAAGUGAGAGAUGAUGGUGCAUUGCCUCGUCGUCUAUUUGCUGUGGGUGAUAUACAUGGAUGCUUGGAUGAAUUUAAUGAGUUACUCGACACCAUUCAAUACGAUUAUGAAAGUGGUGAUCGGCUUAUUCUUUUGGGUGAUCUCGUAGCCAAGGGCCCUGCUAGCUCUGGUGUCGUACAACGUGCUCGGGAAAUGAAUGCAUGGUGUGUUCGUGGUAAUCAUGAUGACAAGGUCGUACGACUUGCAACCUUCCAACGCAGCAGCAUCAUGCAUCCAUCUCAUAACAAAGAGUUCAAAGUGGUUCCUGAGGGCAAGGUCCAUGAUCCUCUUAAGCUGGAUAAUCAUCAUGUGCAUAUUGCCAGCCAGUUGAUGAUGAGCGAUAAUGAUUAUGGAUAUCUCGCCGCUUGUCCCAUGAUGCUUGCAUUACCGGUAUUGCAAAGCUUGUUUGUUCAUGCUGGGUUGGACCCAUCCCAUCCAUUGGAUCAACAAGAACCAUUUUUUGUCAUGAAUAUGAGAUCCCUUCAAGAAGAUGGCUCACCGGCAAAACAUCGUAGCGAUGGUGUACGUAGUUGGACGCAUGCUUGGGAGGAGAUGUUGGCAAGCUCGCAGCCUACCACUGCAUUCCGUAAUGUAUACUAUGGCCAUGCCGCAGCCAGUCGUCUUCAAUUAGGAAAUCAUACAUUUGGCUUGGAUUCAGGAUGUGUUUAUGGUGGUCAAUUAUCUGCAUUAGAUGUCUUGACACAUCAACUCUAUCAAGUGCAAUGCAAGCAGUAUGCCGAACAUGAUUAA